AUGUACGAAAGGCCAGAAGGAAUUGAAAAUUGUCGAAUCUGGAUUGAUGGGUGCUUUGAUUUUGCUCACCAUGGCCACGCGGGGGCAAUGUUACAAGCACGUCAAUUGGGUAAGGAGUUGUAUGUUGGUGUACACUCUGACGAAGAAAUUUUGGCUAAUAAGGGUCCCACAGUUAUUAAAUUGGAUGAGAGAAUUACUGCUGUUGAAGCAUGUAAAUGGACCACAAAGGCAAUUGCCAACGCACCAUAUGUUACUGAUCCCAAAUUUAUGGAUGAAUAUGGGUGUCCAUAUGUUGUUCAUGGAGACGAUAUAACAACUGAUGCCAAUGGUGAGGACUGUUAUCAGGUAGUCAAGGAUAUGGGCAGAUUUGUUGUUGUUAAACGUACUCCGAACAUUUCCACUACUGAUUUGGUUGGCAGAAUGUUGUUAAUGUCCAAAGACCAUCACUAUCCAGCAAUUCUGAGAACUACCGAAAGCUUGUUGACCAAAGACAAUUUGGAUAGAUUUAAACGAUACGCCACCGACGAGACUGGGUUGAAUCCAGGAUCUGGUGUUUAUUUGAAUCGUGGCGAAUUGGAAGAGAUAGUUAGUCCUAAAGCUGAGAUUGGUGAUAUUGUCUACAUUGACGGUGGCUUUGAUUUGUUCCACCCAGGACAUAUCGAAAUACUCAAAAUUGUACAACAAGAGGCCACAAAGUUAGGAGCCAAAGUUGUUGUUGGUAUUCAUGAUGAUGCUGAGGUCAAUCAAUACAAGGGGCUAAACUACCCAAUAAUGAAUCUUUUGGAAAGAUCGUUAUGUGUUUUGCAAUGCAGAUAUGUUGAUGGAAUAAUAUUAGGCGCACCAUAUGUCCCAACACCAGAGUUCUUUAGCAAAUUGGGCAAGUCUAAGGUUGUUAAAGUGUACCACGGUCCAACUGAGAUAGAUAAAGGCGUUUAUGAUAAAAUCGAUCUGUCUGUUUACGAGACAAUAGGUAAACACAAGUAUGACGACAUGAAUACUGAGUUUAUUGUCAACAGAGUGUUGGCCAACAAGCAGGCUUAUGAAGAAAGACAAAAAAGAAAGGGUUGGAAAGCAGAGAUUGAAAAGAAAUUGCAACAAUCCGAACAGUCACAACAAUGA